CUCCACAGUUACUGUUUCUCAGCUUUAAUCUAAAAAAUCUAAUUUAAUAAACUGACCCUAAUGGGUCCUUGUUGCCUUCUGAUGUGGAUUCUCCCAAUUUGUUUUCCUCCUCUGAAUUGUUCCUUUCAUCACUUCUUUCUCUCUCUAGAUCCCUAACCCUACCUCUCUCUUCUCCAUUGCCCAGAUCACUGACUCUAUUUAUCUCUUGAUUUUGCAGCUGCCUUCUUCCCAGUAGCUGCUGGGUUUCUACCAUUUGUUGAACUAUAUUAGUUCUUUAUUUAUGAUUUCAAACAUGGUGACAUGAAAAAGGCUUAUUGUUUCUUCACCAUAAUGAGCACCCAUCGCCGAUAUUUUCUCAGCAACAGCGGCAUAGCCAUUGCAGCUUCACUCUGCCUUCUUCUUCUUCUUCUUCUUCCUCUAGCUUCCUGCUCUCAUCCACGGCCACAGCCUCGUGGUUUACUAUCUGAGGAGAAAACAAGACUGGGUUCUACACCACCGAGUUGCCACAACAAAUGCAACGGAUGCCACCCAUGCAUGGCAGUUCAAGUGCCUACAAUACCGAGUCACAGCCGAGUUCAACCGAGUUUGGCUAAAAGCUUGGAGUUCUUGGACCCUUAUCCUUCGCCCUCAGGUAAUAGGUACUCAAAUUAUAAGCCACUCGGGUGGAAGUGUCGCUGUGGUGGCCAUUUUUACAAUCCUUGAAUCUUCAAAGAUCAAAGUGAAAACGGCGAUACGUUGCAUAUUCUUUUUUGCUUUUCAAAUGAAUUAUGGAUUUUUUUUUAUCUCUUUUUUUUUCCAGAGAUGUGAAUGUCACCGUUAAAUGUACACAUUUAAACGUUAUACAAUAUGUAUUAUAAAGAAA